AUGCACAAGCUUCUACUGCUAGCAGCCAUCCUGUCGGUAGCGGCAGUGUGUGUACCGCCUGUCGAAGCGUCUCUGUGCCGCAACAUCACAACCCCUCCGGACCUGUGCACAUGUCGGGACGGGCAAACCGCGGAUAACCAGACGUGCAGCCUUUGCUGGUGUACAGCGGACGGGCCAUCCGACUGCUAUGUUGACCUGGGCUGGCUGCAGGGAGGGGAAAGCUGGGUGGUGGACUUCUACCCCAGUUCCUACGCCUACCCGCCCUGGUACCUCCUGGACUGCUCAGCAGACACGAUUUGGGAACCUCCAGCCUUAAACGCUCCUGUUCCCAACAGACCUCACUGGAUAAUCCUGGACAUGCAGGCACCCCACAGGGUGUACCAGGUCAGGGUAGUACAAAAUGGAAACGGCCAACACGACAUCAAGGACUUUGUCUUAGAGAUGUCGCAGGUGGAUCCGUACGUGUGGGAAGUCGUGGAGAGUUCGGAUACCAUCGUGACCGGCACCAGCAGACCCCAGUACUUCGGCGACUUCAACCUUACGUCUCAGUAUUGGAGGAUCACAAUGAGAUCUGUCGUUGGAUGGCCUGUGAAGAUAAGGGACUUCUGCUUCUUUGGACACACGGAGCCAGAGAUCAAGAAGAAGAUCGCACCGUGCGAGACCUUACACUCCGCCUGCAUCCUGCCCACCCCUGCGGCGGGCGGUACCAUCGCCCCGGGGCACGAGCCGCCCGGGGACCAGCCGUGCUACGUCACGGUAGACAUUCACGAGGGGGUCCGCAGUCCGGACAACCCUCUCCAAGUACACCGAAGCGGGAACGUCACCAUUAACCCUUUGGUGUCCUACGAAUGUGACAUCGGCUACAACGUGAGUCUGCUCAUUUUAUCUGAUGACGUGUUUCCCGACAAGCUGAAGCUCGUGCUACCCUGGAAGACCAUGCCGCUCGGUUUAUUCAUGGUGCAGAUCACAGUGACCAUGAACGUGACCGAGUUAGGCCACGUCAGUACCGGCGUGGCGCAGACGUGGCUGGAGGUUGUUCCCCUGCCGCUUGCCGUGAUGAUAACUCCCGGCUACGCCGCCCGGUCCAUACACGGUGGAGAGUUCAACAUCAACGCUGACGACUCUUACGACCCUGACGAACUGGUGCCCAGCGAUGAGUUCCACUACAACUGGAGCUGUGAGGCUGUGGAUUACCCCGACCCACCCGGUAUGAGACUUCGCCUGACGCAAACAUAUAAUGGCAACAACAUCUGGACUCUAGAGGAAGCCCCGCCAGACUUUCCCGGCAUUGACUGGACCAACAACAUUACAUACAUCAGUUUCUUCUCCAUUAAUGUUAAGCCCAACGUGUUUACAGUCCCCGGAAACUACACAAUAAGACUCAGCAACUACCUGUACGCAGGAUAUCCGCGGCAUGCGGAGUACCGAUUCCAGGUGCUGCCGAACCCCCUUCCGGUGAGACUGCUGCAGGGGAACUCUACCGACAUCCCGCCUGAUGUGUGCACUGUCCUCCCUCCCGAGGGUGCAUCUCUGGUGGACAAGUUCUGUAUCGUCUGCGAAGAUUUCUAUGACGUCCUUGGCCCACUGAGAGCAGAGAUCCGGUACGAGUUCAUACCAGACGGUGUGGAGUUGGCAACAGUGAAGUUUCCAGGGAGCGGGCCGGCUACGGUCGUGCAGAUCAUUCUGGACAUCUUUUCUGGCUGGGUCCUGUACACGCCUAUGGUGGACAUCCCUCCCGGCCUGAUCAUAUUAGAACUGAUGGUGUCCAGCCCUGACGGACGUAACACCACUGUUCUACUGGACCCCAUUCUCAUCACGGACAAAGUGGCUGAGAACAUGGCGACUGUUGAACUGCAGGACUUUGACGGUAUUGUAGGGUUGUCGACCUCUACCUUACUAGUCACCGCAUUUCCUGACUCUGUGUCUGGGGAUGCACAAGUCCUGAGUUCCACGUCCCUGAAGUCUGCGUUUGAGAAGACCAGAGAGAUGUCAGUCAAUAACAGCAUGUCUGUAGGUGAGGUCAACCGGGCGGCGGCUUUGAUGUUCACAGGUGCAGUCAAUGUGUUCAAAGCUUCUGAAGUCAAGGCCGAGUCGGAACAGGAGGGUGGGGCGACUUCCUCCAACAUGCUAGAGGCGAUGCACGUGAGGAUAAAGCGGGAGGACCCGGGUGACUGGUCGGAGAAGCUCUACACGGUGGGCGGGCAGAGCGACUCGUUUGUCCGCGUCCCGUCCUUCGCAAGUCUGCUCCCGGACGGCUGUCCAGAUGGAGAGGUCGGCGUGCAGGUUUUCCAGUUUUACGCCAAGAGAAACCUGUCCUCGAUGAGUUUCAGCGUGGAUUUCAACAGCACCCUCUUCCCUCAACCCGUCAACCUGUGGCUGAGUAAGCAUGAGCCUCCGACACCGGCCAUGUAUGACUGGACAGCCACUCUGCCCGUACCGGAGGACCGGCUGUACUCCGUCCCGUGGAUUAACGGAACGUCCCUGACGUCCAGUCCGUACCAGUGGCUUCUGCCGGAGGAGGAGGUGGACAUCACUGGCUUUGAUGUGGAGAAUAAGACGGAGUAUUACAUCGGAGUUCAGUUCGACAGUGACCGGGAUCUCGGCAGCGGUGAAACCGUCAACUUCACUCUGUACGCCUUUGAGACGGCCUGUGUGUACUUUGAAGAGAACGGUACCCACCUGUGGCAAAGUGACGGCUGCAGCGUCGGUGUAAUGUCUAACAUCACCCACAUCCACUGCCGGUGUAACCACCUGACCAAGUUUGCCGGGUUCGUGGCGCCGAAUCCGCUCAACAUCCAGGACGCUUUGAAGGCAAACAUACUGGAGAACCCCAUCGGUCUCGUCCUGGUUCUUACCGUGUUCAGUGGUUACGUCAUGGGCAUCAUCUGGGCAAGGAAGACUGACAGGAAAGAUAUCGCUAAGGCCGGAGUGGCGAUACUACCGGGUCACAAACUGAACCCACGCCGGGAGUGUCAGUACGUCAUCACUGUUUACACCGGUUUCCGGGGCAACGCGGGAACAACAGCUGAGAUUACCUUGGUGUUAUACGGCAUCCAUUACGAGAGUCCUCCCCUCACCCUGAGGGACGGCAACAGAGUUCUGUUCCAACAGGGCAGCGUGGACUCUUUCCUGGUGUCUACAGAACAGCCGCUAGGGGUCCUCACUCACAUGAGGGUGUGGCACAACAACGCUGGGUUUAGUCCAUCGUGGUUCCUAGGUCAGAUUGUCGUGGUCAACAGGAGAACAAAUCAUUCGACCUACUUCCUAAGUAACAGAUGGCUCGCAGUUGAUGAAGAUGACGGGAGGAUAGACCGGAUCAUCCCCACAGCAGGAGAAGAGGAAAUGACGAAGUUCCGCAACGUUUUCUUCGCCAAAAGUUCACGAGACAUGAACGACGGCCACCUGUGGUUCUCCAUCGCCGGCCGCCCGGCCCGGAGUCCCUUCACCCGAGUCCAGCGCCUGUCCUGCUGCCUGACGCUGCUCUACAGCACCAUGGUCACCAACAUCAUGUUCUUCGGCCGCGGGGACGACUUCGACCCGCCGGAGCCGCUCAGGAUUGCCGGUUUAGAGAUCGACCCUCCUAUAUCUCUCCCUCAGCUGAUGAUCGGCAUACAGAGUGCAGUCAUCAUCCUGCCAGUCAACCUUCUCAUCGUCUUUCUCUUCCGAAACUCGGGAUCAAGGGCGCCGAAAAAGAGCAGCAGCAAGGAGACGGGCUCUGAGUCAGACAGACGCUUCUUAGCACUACUGCAGGGAAAACCUAGGGGGAAGAAAGUGUUUACCUCCAAUAACCCGGAUACGCCGUCGUUUUGGUACGCAAGGGACAAAUCAGACCCUGGUAAAAGUUCAACGGACUACAAGCUGAGCGUUCUGCAGUCGUCCAUGGAUCAUGAUGUUGAGGGAAGUCCUGAGAAACGGGAAGACGAAAGCGACAAGUCUGGAAUGAAGUCGUCUCUCCCCUGGUGGGCUGUGUUUGUAGGUUGGCUGCUAGUGUGGUCGGCGAGUUUCGUGGCGGCGUUCUUCACAGUUCUCUACACGUUAAGUUUCGGCAGGGCGAAGGCAGAGGCCUGGGUUUUCACCUUCGUCACGUCAUUCUUCACCGACCUGUUCCUGGUGCAGCCCUUCAAACUCAUGCUGGUCGCCAUGCUGUUUGCUUUGAUAAUCAAGAAACCCGUGGAGGAUGAAGACCCAGCUCCCGCACCCACAGAAGACGACGAGGAAUACAUCUACAGCGAUACUCAGUCUCCAGACGAAGAGCGGUCCACGCUGCCACCAGACGAGUCUGUGCUGGCCGAAGCGAGAGCCAGGAGCGCAGAGAAACGCAAACGUCGGUCGGCUGUGCUGGAGGUGGUCGUGUUCGGGCUGUUCGUGACGGCCAUCAUGCUCAUGGCGUACCAAGAACGGAGCCCGCUCGCCUUCUACAUGACUAACAACGUGAAGGGGCAGAUAUUGGAAGGAGACUUCUCUGAGAUCCGUGACAUUCCAUCGUUCUGGAGUUGGGUUGAAGACGACCUGAUUCCCGCCACCCGUACGGCGGAAUGGUACAACGGACAGGCUAACCCGGCUGACAACGUGCUGCAGGACAUGUUAACUCACCCGCUAGACGCCGUGCAGCUCAGACAAGUGCGGCUGCAACCAGGACAACACUGUGAGACCCCAGAGGAAAUGCGAACGUUUGUACCGAGAUGUACAGUGCGACACUCUACAAUGACAGCUGACACGGACGAUUAUACCCCGGGAUGGGUUCCUGUUAAUGACACCUUGAACAGUACAGACACGGUCACAUGUGCCCCGACAGUACCUCCACUCACCAGUACAGUCAGCACACCUGUCACAGGAGCGGGCUGUACUAUCCCUCUAACAACGGAGGAAACGAACACGCCAUGGAAGUACAGAUUCGCCUCUCUGAUUGGCAGCUUCCCGUAUUUUGGAAAGCACGGCACAUAUCUGGCCGGUGGGUACUCUACUCCGCUGGGCAACACGCGUGCGUCGAGCCUACGCCUGGCCGCGUUCCUGAAAGAACACAACUGGCUGGACGAGCGAAGCCGCGCCGUGUUCGUGGAACUGAUUCUGUACAACCCACACGCGAACCUGUUCUCAGCAGUGACUCUAGUCGUGGAGUUCACUAACCUGGGAGCCGCCUACAGGGGGGCUGAAGUCGUCACCGAGAGGCUGAUCCAAAACGACGCCAUCUUGCUCUUCGCACUCCGAGCUGUGUUGGCGGUCUUCCUUCUUUUCUUCGCCAUUAAAGAAGCCAAGAGCCUUUUCGCCCGUCCAAUCGAGUACCUGAGUGAGUUCUGGAGUUGGGUAGAACUCCUAGUCAUUGCCGUUGGGUUUUCCACCCUCGGAGUCUACUUCAACGCACAGGGCAUCAUUGACGAGGCUGCAGAACAGAGAACAACUUCGGACUCUGUUUUCGAUCUCUACAAAAGCGCCGUGAACUGGUUUCAGGUUUACACGUACCUUCUAGCGUUUCUCAUCUGUUGUGCAACGCUGAAGCUCAUUCGGCUCUUGCGGUUCAACUCGCACGUCCACGCGCUCUCCAUGACCAUCAAGAAGUCGUCCAAACCUGUUCUGCAGUUCUUCUUCGUAGCUGGCAUCAUCCUCAUGGCCUUUACUCAGAUGGGGAAUCUCCUGUUCGGCACCAAACUCCAGGAUUACAAGAACAUGCUGACCAGUCUGACCAGCCUCUGUACCAUGAUGUUGGGUGCUUUUGAUUUCCACGCUCUUGUUGAUGGUCACUAUAUUCUCGGUCCUCUGAUGUUCUUCUCGUACCAAUGCAUGAUGCAGUUUGUAUUACUGAGUAUGUUCAUGACUAUCAUCAUGGAUGUGUACGCAGAGGAAAGUCAGGACCCGAACACGGAAGACCUACAAAUGGUUGGUUUUAUCAAAGAAACUACAUCAGGGGCGGUAGGAAAGGCAAAUCGCACCCUGUCAACGGUAGGAAAGAAGGACAGCACAAAAACAUUCCGGGUUUACAGACCCGAUUUGGACUACCACAGAAAGUUUGCGACCGUGCUUAGAGAACUUAAUGAGAUUUCUAAACAGGACAAAUAA